GUUCCUAAGUGGGAAGGGCUUGGUGAUCUACCCGAAGAUUGGAGACAAACUGGACAUCAUCUGCCCCCGUGCAGAAGCAGGGCGGCCCUAUGAGUACUACAAGCUGUACCUGGUACGACCAGAACAGGCAGCUGCCUGCAGCACCGUGCUGGAUCCCAAUGUGCUGGUCACCUGCAACAGGCCACAGCAGGAAAUCCGCUUUACCAUCAAGUUCCAGGAGUUCAGCCCCAACUAUAUGGGCCUGGAGUUCAAAAAGUACCACGAUUACUACAUUACCUCAACAUCCAAUGGGAGCUUAGAGGGACUGGAGAACCGGGAGGGAGGUGUGUGCCGUACACGCACCAUGAAGAUAGUCAUGAAGGUUGGACAAGAUCCCAAUGCUGUGACACCAGAGCAGCUGACUACCAGCCGGCCCAGCAAGGAGGCAGACAACACUGUCAAGACAGCCACACAGGCCCCUGGUCGAGGACCCCAGGGUGACUCUGAUGGCAAGCAUGAGACUGUGAACCAGGAAGAGAAGAGUGGCUCAGGUGCAGGUGGGGGCAGCAGCGGGGACGCCGACAACUUCUUCAACUCCAAGGUGGCAUUGUUUGCAGCCGUUGGGGCUGGUUGUGUUAUCUUCCUGCUCAUCAUCAUCUUCCUGACAGUCCUUCUACUCAAGCUGCGCAAACGACACCGCAAACACACACAGCAGCGGGCUGCUGCCCUUUCGCUUAGUACCCUAGCCAGUCCCAAAGGGGGUAGUGGCACAGCGGGCACCGAGCCCAGCGACAUCAUCAUCCCUUUACGGACUACAGAGAACAACUACUGCCCCCACUAUGAGAAGGUGAGUGGGGACUACGGGCACCCCGUCUACAUCGUCCAGGAGAUGCCACCCCAGAGCCCGGCGAACAUCUACUACAAAGUCUGAGUGCCCAGUGCAGCCUCGGGCCCAAGGGACAGAUGACCUGGAUGGACCUCUCCUUUUCCCCCCACACCCCUCCCCUUGCCAGCUGUGCCCACCUUUGUAUUUAGUUUUGUAGUUUCUUGGCUUUUAUAAUCCCCCUUUUUUCCUGCCCCUUGGGCUUCGGAGGGGGGUGCUUGUGCCCCCGAUCCCCAUGCUCUUGUGCCUUCCCCCUCUGGCCAGGCCUCUGGGCUCUGUGGGGGCGCCCUUUCUUGGAGGGCAGGGUUGGACACUAAUGGACAGCAGGCAGGGAGACAGCCCCCUGGCCCUGCCCCCUCCCUUACCCCUUUCCCCCUUCCCAGGACUGCUUGUCCACUAUCAUCACUGUUUUUAAUGCUUUUGUGUUCAUUUUUUUAGCUGUCAACUCAUUUUCAUCUGUUUUUUUGAAGAAAAAUAGAAAAAUGUACAAGGCAGCCCCUCCCCAGGCUUUCUGAGCCUGGCCUGACCCAGUAUAAGAGGGGCGUAGGACAGGAUGUGGCCAGCCAGGAAGCAUAGGAUGACAUUUCUUUUAUAGACUCCUUGGUUGGUAUGUCAGCGGGUAGGGGAGGGCCGGCCAGGGCUGUUCCUGCCCAUGGGGGAAGAGGAGAGUGCCAUUGGGCAAGAAGUCCCACCCUCCCCUCCUGACCCUCCUUGUAUAAAGCUGAUCCUGGCAGUGGGAUAGUGGCUGCCACACUUCCACCAAAAAAAAAAAAAAGUCCCUUCCUUGUGGGAUUCUUGGGCAUCUCCUGCCUCCCUCACUCUCACGGUAAUUAAUGUCUUAAUUGGCUGUUGCCUGGGGAACAGGAGAGCUGCUGCAGGCAGAUGACCUCAUGGGGGGGUGGAGGGAGGUGAGGUGCCCAGGUGGCUAUUUGCCCUGCAGAGCUGGGAGUUCCCCCUGCCACCCUGUUCUCCUCACCUUUGGCAUCCUUUGGUCUGGUGGGGAAACAGAGGCCCAGGGUGGAGACCUAAGCGGGUAAGGCCAGGUGGCCUCCUCUUUUUCUGGGCUCUAGUACAAGUGGGAAUCCCCCACCCAACCUGGCUCCCACUGGCUCCCCCCUAGUCUUGGGCUGGGGCCUGGAAAGAGGAAGAGGCUGCCCGGGGCUGGGCCAGCAGUGCACUUUGACCCCGGCUCCUUGCCAGCAAGGCUGCUAACAGACUGCCACUCCAUUGCGCCUUGUAGGCACUCCCUAAGUGGCCAUGGAAGGAAGGAGGUGAGCUUCCACCAUCCACCUCCACACUGCCUCCUGGCCGGCUGCCCACCCCAGUGCCAGGUGGGAGAGGGAGCAGAGCAAGCAGCCAGCCCCUUCCAGGUGGCAGUCGGAAGGGUUUUUGUUUUUGUUUCUGUUGCCAUUUGUGUAAAUACUAGUCUUUUUGGAAGAAAUAAUGUAAAGAUGUUUUGUAUAAACUCUGAAUUAUUUUCUUGUUGCUUUUUUCUUAGAAAAAAAUGAGAACUAAAAAAAAAUUAACCACAUGGAGAAA